AUGGGCUCCGUCUCCAACCAACAGUUCGCAGGGGGCUGUGAGGGCCAGGAGGGGGAGGCCGAGCCCUCAGGGCCCGAGGAAGGUGGGCAGCCCUUGCCCUUGCGGGGCGCUGGCAUCUGCAAGUGGUUCAAUGUGCGGAUGGGCUUUGGCUUCCUCUCCAUGACCACCAAGGAAGGCGCUGCCCUGGAGGCCCCCGUCGAUGUCUUCGUCCACCAGAGCAAGCUCCACAUGGAAGGCUUUCGCAGCCUGAAAGAAGGAGAAGCCGUUGAAUUCACUUUCAAGAAAUCCUCCAAAGGUCUAGAGUCCAUCAGAGUCACUGGCCCAGGAGGAGUGUUCUGCAUUGGCAGCGAGAGGAGACCGAAAGGGAAAAACCUCCAGAAACGCAGGUCAAAAGGAGAUAGAUGCUACAACUGUGGUGGCCUGGAUCAUCAUGCCAAAGAAUGCAAGCUCCCGCCGCAACCAAAGAAAUGCCACUUUUGCCAAAGCAUUGCCCACAUGGUGGCCAACUGCCCCAUCAAAACUCAGCAGUCGCCCAGUUCUCAGGGAAAGCCCGCCGCCUACUUCCGGGAGGAGGACGAAAUGCACAGCUCGCCCCUUCUUCCGGAAACUAGGGAAUGA